GAAUUAGCAAGUUUUACCGGACAUUUGACACACGAGGAACACGCUAUCUGUAAUUAUGCCGUGGGAGAAAUUAAAACCGUCAGAAAAACAGCGUUACACCAAUAUUCUUUACGAAUAACAACACGAAGAAUUUCACUAUAUUAUCUAAGCGAUAUUAUCGGAGAGUAAUAAAAUUAUACAUGAAUUAUAGAAGCAGGGACGGCACAAUUAAUGAUAGAAGACAAGUUUUAGACGAUAUGUCGGGUGUAAAACUAAAUUUCUAAGGCUGGAAAAAAUAUGUUUACAAAAGAAUGGCUGAAGAUAAACUGAAGGAUUUUGUCACGGCAGUGGAUGAUGAAGUGGCGAAACAAUCGUAUAAUAUAAAUUACGGGGCCCAUAAAGUGGGGAUCACGAGAGAAGAGUCUGCCAAUUAUUACACAAAUUGGGCGAGAACGGGUACAUACGAUCAGGAUUUAUCAAAAGGUAAAAUCUACAAUGGACCUAUAGUUGCUGGUGCUGCAUUGGCGAAACACUACCCAACUAACAGAGAUAAUAUAAGUAUAUUAGAUAUAGCUGCUGGAACAGGAUAUGUGGCGGAAGAGUUAUUAAAAUAUGGAUUUAAGAUUAUAGAUGCGCUGGAUCCAUCAGAAGGGAUGCUGGAAAUUGCUAAAACUAAAGACUUGUACAGAAAAUAUAUCUGUGAUUUUCUAAAUGGUGGAAAUGUAUCGAUUCCUGAAGAUGACUAUGAUUGUUGUGUUGUAUCUGGUGGAAUGGGUGAAGGUCAUAUACCAUGUUCAGGUCUCCAUGAGAUGAUCCGUGUAGUUAAACCAGGUGGGCUAGUUUGUAUAGUGAUGAGAGAAGAAUAUUUAUCAUAUGUUGAAGAUUAUAAAAAUAAACUAGAACCGCUGAUGGCUAAAUUAGAAAAGGAAGGAAAAUGGCGGCGAUCAUCACGUGACGUCAUCCCUAACUAUUCAUUUAAUAAAAAUGGCGUCGUAUUUAAGUACGAGAAGUGCUAA